AGAGAGAGAGAGAGAGAGAGAGAAUGGGGAAAAGACAAAUCCCAGAGCCUCCUAACUUUAAGAAAUACGGUGUUCCGUUCUACUCUGUUGCGUGGAUUCCCCAACACCUUAUCAAAUCGCGCCAAAUUGAAACCAAAGAUGAUUCCGAUUCCGAUCACAACUCUACGCCGCCGACCGAAGCCCAGCCAGAGCCAGCGACCGCCACGGCCGCCGGUAACUACCUUCUCUUCGCCGGCGGUGGCGGAGCAGGCCGCAGCGGUAUUCCAAAUGCUUUGGUGAUUGCCAACUUCGACUUUGCGUCCAAUACUCUCUCUGACGAACCGGUGUGUAAGCUAGGAACUGAUUCUGAAUUGCCUUAUAGGAUGGCACUUCACUCCAAUGGCGAUGGCCUUAUUUGUGCAAUGGAAACGCCGAAGGUUUGCAGAUGGUUCGAUUGGGAGAGUUCUGAAAUUCAUAAGUUGAGUCUGAAGUUGUCAGAGAAAGUUCUCACACAGUUGGAGGAUGUUGGACAGCAAUUAGCAUUGGCAUUCAACAAUGACGGUACUGCACUAGCUGCUGGUGGGGAGGAUGGCAAUCUAAGGGUUUUCAAGUGGCCUAGCAUGGAAGUUAUUCUCACCGAGUCUAAUGCUCAUUCUUCUGUGAAGGACUUACAUUUCAGUUCUGAUGGUAAAUUACUUGCCUCUUUGGGAAGUGGUGGUCCCUGCAGGGUUUGGGAUCUUUCUUCGUCAAUGGUCUUAGCUUCUCUAUCAAAUGAAAACCGUGAAACUUUUAGCUCUUGCAGAUUUUCUCAAACAAAUGACAAGCCUCAGGUCCUAUAUAUUGCUGCCAUGACAGAUAAAGGUGGAAGCAUCCUGACCUGGAAUACACAAACAUGGGAAAGGAUGGGCUCAAAGUAUAUUAUUCGUGAUCCAAUCUCUGCAUUGAAUGUCUCAGCUGAUGGAAAGUUUCUUGCAUGUGGAACACCUUCAGGAGAUAUUGUAAUUGUAAAUUCAACAAAUAUGAAGAUUCAGACAGUGAUAAAAAGGGCUCACCUUGGCAUAAUAACUGCUUUAGCAUUCUCCCCUGAUUCAAGGGCCUUGGCUUCUGUUUCGAUGGAUUCAAGUGCGAGGGUAACAAUAAUUGAAGAGAAGAAGACAAAUGGAGGGCUGAGCUUGUGGAUUGCGGUACUUAUCAUCCUACUUGCAGUAGCUGCUUACUUUCUGAAGCAAGCAAUUGAAAAGUGAAGGAACAAUUCUAGGACACGACCCUCUCUCUAAAAUGCCUUGUACCAUGGAUUGUAUCGCUGCGUUACAUGUUUCGUACAAUGCUUCUAGGUAGAAUUGAGUGAGCUAUCAUUCUUUGCUUGCUUGACAUUUGUUCGAUAUUUUGAUGUUAUUUGUUAUAUAGCUUUCAUAUUAAGAAA